AUGAAAACUUCAAAUUUAAUCGUUGUUGUUCUCAUUUUUGCAUCGAUCUCUCGCAUCGAUGCUUUUGUGAAUCCAUUUCAAUGUUUAUUAAGUCCUAAUAUCUUUCAAUGUUUAGUAAAUCCUAAUAUCUUUCAAUGUUUAGUAAAUCCAUGCUUACAACAAACAUGUUCAAGUUUAACACCUGCUUGUAUAUCUAAUUUCUGUGGUGGUUGUUAUUUUUCAAUAUUAGAAGAAAAUGAUUCAUCCAAUCCUGAUAAUCUUGGCCAAAUAAAAGAAACUGCACCGGCAAAUUCAAAAGAUUAUGGUCGGUUUAAGAAACCCUUGCCUACCGUUGAUUUUUCCUGGGUAUCGCCAGCAUUAUGUAAUUUCGUUACAGAAAAAAACUGGCAUUUUAUAUCCAUUUCUACACCACAAUAUUUUAUUGUCAGUACAAUUAUUAAUUUAAAUUAUAUUGCAAAUGCAUUUGUUUAUGUUUAUGAUAUAACAAAUGGAGAAUUAUAUAAUUAUACGACAAAUUCAAUUUUAGCAGUUGAUAUCAAAGAACGUACUAAAUCAUCUAUUUCAGGUUGUACCUUUUUUUAUCGAUCAUUAUCAGAAUAUAUUCGUCAUUGUUAUAAUCAACAAGAGAAUAGAUAUGAAAUUAGUGUAAAUGUAACAACAAAUAAUAAUAUUCAAGUUUCAUUUGCGUUUCAAAUAAAUUAUUCAAGUGUAAGUGAUCAAUCAUUGGUUUUACUUUAUCCAUUUAAACCAACUCAACCUGCAUAUACACAUCAUUUAGCAACACAACCUACACAAGGAACAAUGAAAAUUGGAAAUAUUCUUCCAGAAAGUUCAUUUACUGGUUUAGGUACAACAGAUUGGACUUUAGCUUAUCAAAAACGAGUUACUCGUUGGAAAUGGGCUUCAUUCUCAGUACAAGCACAAGAUAUAACAAACGGUGGAUAUGUUACAAUUGGAAUUAAUCUAUCUAAUGACCUUUAUGAUGAUAAAAAUAAUAUAUCAAUGGAAAAUGCCGUGUGGAUAAAUGGUCAGGUUUAUACAAUCGAUCAUUUCGUUAAUAUUCAAACACCAACAGAACAAUUCUUACUUACUCAACCAUGGCAAAUUAUAACAGUUGAAGAUAAUCCAAAAAUUGAUCUUCAAUUUCAACCAUUGGGUAGUCAUCAACAACAUGAUAAUCUUGUUGUAGUUAAUAUUCAAUUUGUUCAAGCAUUUGGUUUAUUUAGUGGAACAAUACAAAUGCUUGGUAACACCUAUACCAUUUCAAAUGGUUCGGGUGUUGUUGAAAGCAAUUAUGCUAAAUGGUGA